GUUGCAACGUGAUAUCGCCCGCCUCCUUGAACGUCGGAAGUUUCCUCUCCUACCGAAGGAGACCUUACUGAUCACCGGCAUCUAACUUCCAUGAUGAUAUGGAAGACUAGAGGUCCUGCCUCAGGGUCUGAGACGUCUAUUGUCUAGGGCGUGGUCAUAGCUUGACAACGACCGGCGCCCCGAACUUGCCGUUUGAACAGCGGCCCCCAGAUGGACAGGCGAUGCACCGAAAUCAAUUAUGCGAAUAACCUUACUCUGUUACUCGUGGCUUUCAUCUCGAACGAGUACAUAAGCUUUGGUUGUCUGUGGCAUGCAUCCCUCAGGGUCCUCUCCUCUUUCCUUCCUUCCCUUCUCACUCCCCCGUUUCCCCCCGAGCCAUGCGUUCCCUGCACGCCCUGUCUGUUGUUCUGAGUGUCGGAGUGGCGAGUAUUGGCGUAGAGAGUCUGAGUAUCCCUUUCCAAAAACGUGCUUCUCCACAUUCCUCUUGGGUUCGAUUGUCGACGCAAAACCCGGAUGAUGAUCCAUUUGGUUUUCAAAAUAUCAACAAUAACAUUUACACCGGCACGCUCGAAGUAUCUGGUCAACCAUUCAUUGUAUGUUUUUAAAUUUCUUGAAAGUCCAAAUCGAUACUGGAUCUUCGGAUCUUUGGUUGGACACGAAAGGUACUCGGCUGCAGGGACUCACAGAUACGGGCGUUGUAGGGUCGAUUCUCUAUGUGGAUGGCACGGGAGCAGUUGGGAACAUCGACUUGGGAAAUGUGACUUGGGGCGAGUUUACAGUCGAACAGCAAGCGUUCAUCAACGCUCCUGGCUCGAACGCUACUGCUGGAGGACAGAUCCAGGGUCUUCUCGGUGUCGGACCACCUCUAUUAUCAAACGUCGAUGCAGCGUUGUCCGCAUCCAAAUCGAAGGCAGAUGGCUCGUCUUUCCUAGACAAUGUCUUCGCGUUCUAUCCUGAUGAACCGAAUUUCAUGACCUUCUAUCUUUCUCGAAGCGAAGUUGGAACCAUUGACGGCGGAGAAUUCACCAUUGGCGAUGUUGUACAGAACUUUAGUGACAUUACCCAGACACCAAAACUGAAUGUGGUCUCCCCGGAUAACUGGUUUACUUUUAUGGACGCAGUCAAUAUCAAUGGUGAUCAGCUUUAUGGAGGUUCAUUGGGGAGUCCCGAAGUCAAAGUUCCGGACAAUCAGACGUUGAUCCUUCUUGAUUCUGGAACUAGUCUCUCGACUGCGCCUCCUGACUAUGUCGAUGCUAUGUACAAGAACCUUCCUAAUGCUUCUUUUGAUGACGAGUCUGGCUUCUAUAUUGUUCCUUGCGACUCCAAAGUGAAUGUCAGUAUGGUAUUCGGAGAAAAUGAGUUUCCUAUGCAUCCCAUUGAUCUCAUCCUCCCUGCUGCGAUCGAUGAUGAUGGUUCCGUCGUCUGUGUCGGUGUGUUCACAUACGCACCAGACAAUGCCGGCGUCGAUUUCAUUCUUGGAGAUGCGUUCCUCCGAAAUGUGUACAGUCUUUUCGACUUUGGAAACUGGGCUAAGGUUGGGGACGGCUUUCCCUUCAUGCAGAUCCUCAGCGUUACCGACAUAGAGAAAGCUUGGGCAGAGUUCGACACCCUUAACAAAGCCCGUCUAGACGCUUUCGUUGCUUCACACUCUUCCUCUUCCUCUUCCUCUACAACCUCUGAUGCUACAGCCGCUAGUACCCAGGCCAGGCCGCCUAUCAGCACUAGCAAGAGUGGCAGUGGCAUCAAAGAUGCAUCUGGCGCUCUGGCAGACAGCGACAGUAGCAGCAGCUCCGUUGACCUGAGCAAUGUGUUGCGCUUGAGCUACAUCAUUAUUGGAAUGUUGGGCUUGAUCGUCGUGUUGCUCAUCGGCGCUGUUGUUACGAUGGUUGUUCGGAAUCGACGCUCGGGUGGUAAGGGCUAUAAAACGCUCCAUGACCCCGUCCCACCAUCGCAUGAGAAGCCCUAUCAGUCGUCGUAUUCUGACUACACGACCCCAUAUGCUGAUGGAGGCCAUUGAUUUCGUUUCGUUUUUGUUUUGUUUUUGGUGUGCUCUAUCUUGUUCCGUUAUCUCGCUAUUGAACUCUCGAGUUUCGCAAGUCUGUGCUCUAUUUUUGUAUAUCAGGUCAUUGCAGUGGACAGUUAUUACAUUCACUUCUAAAAUGUACAGUAAGAUACGGUUGAAACGCUCAAAGUGCAAGAUAAAUAGGGAUUGGAUUAACCUGUGCCCUCACCUCUUUUUCGCUUCCUGGUCUCAGCAGACAUACUGGAGGUGUCAAUUGUUGCUGAAGCCGCACUACCUUGCGCAUCCAUAGGUGGCCGCCCAUAGCUGGCAGGAGUGGAAACCUUCACAAAGCCAAUUCCACUCUCCCCAUCUCUCGGUGCCUGUAAAGACGGCUGUUUUUUGGCUCGAGGCCUUCUCGAUUUGCGACUGCUCUGGGCACUUGGUGUCUGACCGACCCGUGUAGCAUCCACAUUAGCCUGUGCAUUGACAACAACUCCUGAAGCUGGCGCAUCCUUAUCCUGCUUUUGUCGUUUGCUUAACAUUUGAAGAUGCUGGUGAUGUAGCC